AUGGACACUAAAGACCGAAUAAUCAAGGAGCUUCAAAGACACAUACAUGAACUAUCAGAGGAAAAUAAAUUACUUAAACAAACUGUGCAGCACCUUCAAUGUCAAAUUAAAGAAUUGGAAUCUAAAGUCUUAUCAGAAUCUCCAAAAAUUAAUUCUUCAAAUCAGUCAGAGAAUCCGCCUACAGCUGAACAUAACCAAGAAGUUCUCCAACAUAUAGAAAUGGACAAUUUAUCCUUCUUUCAGUCACUAAUUUCAAGCGGUUUAUCAGUUGAUCACUAUUUUAACGAAUUAGGGACUUUUUUAAUUCAUGAAGCUGUGAAGUCAGGAGCUAUUAAAAUUAUCCAUUAUUUAGCAUCAAGAUGCAAUCUAUGCCUUUAAUUAUAUAAAUAAAUUAAUAAUAUAAAUAUUCCUAUCGAUUAGCCGUUAUCCUGUUUAUUAUAUGAAAAUAGGAUUCGAGCUAUCAUAAGGGCACCUAUAUUCCUUAUAAUUAGGUAUAAAUUAAUAUAAAAAAUUUUAAUAAUUAUACAAAACAUUUUUUCUUUAAAAAAGGCUAAAAAGGAAUAAAUAAUAUCACUGCUGAUGGUGAAACACCAUUAACCCUUGGAGCUGAACUAGAUAAGCAUGACUCAAUCUGCAUGCUUUUGCAGACUGGUAGAGACAAAGUUGAUUUAGAGCACAAAAAUAAGCAAGGCUUAACAGCUUUGCAAAUUGCAGUGAAAAAAGGAAACAAAGAAAUCGUAGGUUUGCUAUUAGAGCAUGGAGCUGAUAUUACAGUAACUACUGUACUUGGAGAUUCUCUAUUAAGACUAGCCCAGCACGCUGGACAUCAAGAGCUAGUUUUAUUGCUCGCAAAUUCAGGCGCUUCAUUAAGAUAA